AUGGAAACAACAAGAGAUCCCAGUGGCUCUUCCGGGUGGGCAGCAACCCCUUUUGGUGCCGAGGAUAGUGUAUCUGAAGAUGAGAAUGAGCAUCACCCCCUUGAACUGGCGCCGCCGCAAAAUAAUCUUAAAACUGAUUCGGACUUCCGGCUGUUGUCUCCGAAGCAGCGCCUACGGUGGACCCCGGAGAUGCACGAAAAGUUCAUUGAGGCCGUCGCCGAACUCGGUGGCCGAUAUAAGGCAACGCCUAAAUCAAUUUCAAAAUUGAUGGGAAUAGAAGGAAUAACUCUCUUUCAUAUCAAGAGUCAUUUGCAGAAAUUCAGGCUUGGGAAGACUGGAUCAGAGAUGAGGAAAAAGGAUUUCAUACCGCUCAACUAUUACCGAAAAGGAGAUGAUAUAUUGCCGCCAGUGAACCAGAGAGCCGAGGAAUCUUCUGCCCCAAGUGAAUUUAACAUUAAUGGAAGCAAUAUAGCUGGAGCUGAGGCGUAUGGCAAUCUCCAUCUACUAGUUGAGAACCCUCAGGCUGCGGCUGAGAAGUUUGAAACGCCAGAGAAAAUUUCUGGCCAAAAUAUAAAAGAAGCAGCAUCUACAGCUGGUGGUUCUAAAUCGCCGGAGGCAGCAAAACCUACUCUGUUGUCGUUGUUCCCGACAUGCGAAUGGCCAGAAUAUCUCCCUGCGAGAAGCCAGAAUAUUUCCAUGGACUCAGACAAUACGCCCAACCUCCACCUCUCCGCCCCACAGUAUCAUCAUCCUUAA